AUGAAUGCAUUUGUAUCUACACUAGCCGUCUCGGCUUCCCUCGUUGGCAUUGCAAAGGCUACCGUCCAGGGUUUCGAUAUCAGCAGCUAUCAACCCAACGUCGACUUCAGCUCUGCAUACAGCUCCGGUGCCCGCUUUGUCAUCAUCAAGGCAACUGAAGGCACAACUUAUACCGACUCAACUUUCUCCAGCCACUACGAAGGAGCCACAAACGCAGGCUUCAUCCGCGGCGGCUAUCACUUUGCUCACCCGGACAGGAGUUCCGGCGCAACUCAAGCACAAUAUUUCAUUUCCCACGGCGGCGGCUGGUCCGGCGACGGUAUCACUCUCCCAGGCAUGCUGGAUAUCGAAUACAACCCCAGCGGUGCCACUUGCUACGGUCUCUCGGCCAGCGAAAUGGUGAGCUGGAUCAGUGACUUUGUCGAUACAUAUCAUGCCUCUGAGGGUGUCUACCCUUUGAUCUAUACCACGAAUGAUUGGUGGACCACUUGUACCGGUGACUCAACCGCGUUCAGUUCCACUUGCCCUCUCGUUUUGGCCAGGUAUGCUAGCUCUCCUGGCACUAUCCCCGGUGGCUGGGGCUAUGAGACUAUCUGGCAGAAUGCGGAUAGCUAUGCGUAUGGAGGUGAUUCGGAUGUUUUCAAUGGUGAUUUAUCGCAGCUCAAGGCUAUUGCGUCUGGUUAA